CGUUGGUCCCUGCAGAGACUCACAGACGGAUCAGAUCCACCUUCAGACCAAACCAGCAGCUUCCUCUGAGUGAGUCCAGCUGCAGGAGAGGAACCUGGAGACCUCCAACACUGCUGCUUCAAGCUGCUCCACACACUGAAGCUUCAUUCAGAGACUAAAUGGCUUCCAGAUUAGAGGAGGAUCUCUGCUGUCCGGUCUGUCAGGACAUCUUCAAAGAUCCAGUUCUUCUGUCCUGUAGCCACAGCUUCUGUAAGGAGUGUCUGAAGAACUGGUGGAGAGAGAAACCAGUACAAGAGUGUCCAGUUUGUAAGAGGAGAUCUUCAAAAGGUCUUCCACCUCUCAACCUGGCUCUUAAGAACCUGUGUGAGACCUUCUUACAGCAGAGAGACCAGAGAUCUUCAGAGGAUCUCUGCAGUCUGCACUCUGAGAAGCUCAAACUCUUCUGUCUGGACCAUCAGCAGCCAGUGUGUCUCGUCUGCAGAGAUUCAGAAAAACACACCAAGCACAUAUUCAGACCCAUCAAUGAAGCUGCUCAGCAACACAAGAAGAACCUUCAGGAAACUCUGGAACCUUUGAAGAAGAUCCUGAAGCUCAGGAAGAAAGUUCAAGAGGAGUUUAAUCAGACAGCAGAACACGUGAAGGUCCAGGCCCGACACACAGAGAGGCUGAUUAAGGAGCAGUUUAAGAAGCUUCAUCAGUUUCUAGCAGAGGAAGAGGAGGCCAGGCUGGCUGCACUGAGGGAGGAAGAGGAGCAGAAGAGUGGGAUGAUGAAGGAGAAGAUGGAGGCUCUGAGCAGAGAGAUAACAGCUCUUUCAGCCACAGUCAGAGCCACAGAGGAGGAGCUGAGAGCUGAAGACGUCUCCUUCCUGCACAACUACAAGGCUGCAGUGGAAAGAGUCCAGCGCUGCCCCCUGCUGGAUGGUCCACAGCUGCCCUCAGAAGCUCUGAUAGACCAGGCCAAACAUCUGGGCAACCUGGCCUUCAACAUCUGGAGCAACAUGAAGAACAUGGUGUCCUACACUCCUCUCAUCCUGGAUCCAAACACUGCUGGUUCAAGACUCUUCUUGUCUGAAGAUCUGACCAGUGUGACUGUAGGAGAGGAACAGAAGCUUCCUGAUAAUCCAGAGAGGUUUGAUUACUGUUGGUCUGUCCUGAGUUCUGAGGGCUUUAACUCAGGGAACCACAGCUGGGAUGUAGAUGUUGGAGACAGUGGAGGCUGGGUGCUUGGUGUGAUAGCAGAGUCUGUCCAGAGGAAGAGAAUCAUAGAGUCUGGAUGGUUGUCUAUAUGUUUCUAUGAAGGUAAAUACUCAGCAUGGUCUCCACCAGCUCCUCCCACAGAUCUCUCAGUACAGAAGAAGCUCCAGAGGAUCAGAGUGAAUCUGGACUGGGACAGAGGAAAGCUGUCCUUAUCUGAUCUGGACACUAACACACACAUACACACCUUCACACACACCUUCACUGACAAGAUGUUUCCAUACAUCUCCACAAGGAAUCAAGCAACAAUCUUACCGAUGAAGAUCUCAGUGAGCAAACAGCAGCUCUGAUGUUCUCAGCAUGAAGAACAUAAAGUCCAAAUAAAACCUUAUUGAUCAGAUUGAAGCUCAGUGUUUUAAACAGGAAACUGGAGAUGAUCUGAUCUGGUCUGACUGAUCAUCUGGUUGCUUUCAGGUCAGCUUCAGAUCUGCUUAAUAAUCUGUCCAGAUGCUACAAACUAAAGGUGACAUGAAGUGGAUGAUGUGGAGUUCACCUGGAGAUCUUUACCUUCCUCUGUGACUGGACACUGACUCCAGGGGUCUCCAUGCUUCACAUCCUGUCUGCGAGCUCGCCUGACCCACAAACACAGAUCAGAACCUGAGAUGAGGUUCUGAAAUGCAUCAUCAAUAGUGUCUGAAUAACAAACUGAUCUUCAUUACAAAGAAAAUAUAUUGAAAACUGAAUUAAUGACAUUAUUUUGUCACCAAACUUCUCAACAUUCAUCCUCAGAUUAAAUCACAGGUGGACUUGAUAUUUGAGACUUCUGGAGACAACUGGUUUCACUGGAUUUAAUUUAGGGGAAUCAGAGUAAAGGGGCCUGAAUGGAAAUUGCAGAACAAGUUAACUUUUUCCUUUCUCAUCCAACUAAGGAUUUUCCGAGGACCCUGCCUCCUUGUUUUUCUGAAUCGCAGUUCAUCUUAAUUUUUCCUGAAGGAGGAAAAGACGACAACUUUCUGAGUCCUUCAUGGAGGCGUGAAUUCUCGUAACCUCGUUCCUGAACGGGAGAAGAGUCAAUCAAGUAAACUCGUCUCUUUUGUUAUUUUUCUAAUAGUCUGGGCAGGAUAAAGUAGGUUAGAAGAAGAACGAUCCAAGAUCGUCACUGUUUUAAAUCAAUGUGCUGUGAACUGUAUGCGACCGACCAUUAAGCUGAAUACUUCUAUGCAAACUUUAUUGAAUGUUGGUGUUUUCAGUGUUUUUAAUGUUAAUCUCUGCUUUCCCCUGGCUGAUAGUAAAUCAGCCACGAGUUAAAGUUGGAUUAUUGGAGUUAUUUGAAAUAAUUUCACAAUCUGAGUCUUGGAGCUGAUCUGAUUAUUCCUGUGUCUCAUCCUGUUUUAUUGCCCCUUGUUUCCCAUUGGUUUGCAUGUCAUUGUUUUGCUAUUGUUCAGGCUGGUUAGCAGUGGCGGUUCUAGGAAUUGUUCACUGGUGGGGGGGGGCCAAGGGGUGUUCAAAGGUGGCCACAUUAAUAAUAUGCAUGACAACAUGGAAGUUUUUAUAUGCAGAAAAUCCAACUAAUAUAGGCUCAAAUAAUUCAAAUAUUGUAAAAAUAAAUGUUUUAACUAACAGAUAAAGCAACAUCCUAAGACUCGUGAGCUUCUAAAUAAUGCACUGGAGCUAUAAAUAAACCAUCUGUGAUCAUAUGUCUGUACAAGCCAUCAAAAGAGUUGAAGACUAUAGCCUUUUACCUAAAAGUUGGCUGUUGUGAAACAAAUGAUCAAGUUGGCAUUAUGACAGCUGUACCUCUGUAAUCAUGAAAAAGCAUGAAGCAAUGUAUUGGUUGGAGUGACGGUCAUUUUUUAUUGUUUGUGUUGUAAAUAUUUAUGAAAAAUCUACAAAGAAAUAAAAGCAAACUCAGAAAUACUGAACAUAAAUGACAGAGCUGACAUCAUCCAUAUCAUCACAUUUUACAGUGUUUUAGCACAAUAAUAACCAGAUAGAACUAAAAUUGUUUCCCAGCUUACUCUCUCCAGUAAAUGACCUGUUGAAGAGACCUGAGCUUUUAAUGUACAUGUCUGUUGCUGUUUGAAGCUGCCAAAUAAUCACAUUGUUAGUCUUGUUACUCAUGGAGCAACAUUCCUGUUGUAAAACUGAAUAAUUUGACGGUUUGGAUGUCGACUGGCAAACUGUUUAAUAAAGUUAUCCAUAUGGA